AUGUCGAGGCGUCGAGACGAUGCGUGUCCCGAUGGCAGCUUCGGUCCAUGGGCUGGGCCAGACUGUCGCGGCGGCUUCGACUUCACCCUGCUCUUCGAGGAGACCAUUCUGUCCAUCCUGCUCUCCGCCGUCUUUCUCUGCCUCGCAGCCCUCGACGUAGCCUCGUGCCUCAAGGCGCCCACCAAGAUCCGGCCCCACGCCGUCACUUGGCUCAAGCUGACACUCGCCACCGGCCUCGUCGCGCUCUCUGCCGCCGCCCUGGGCAUCCACGCGACCGAGGACGACACCAGCCAGACGAUCACCACAGUACCGAGCGCGGCCCUCGCCCUUGUCGCGUCCAUUGUCUUUGCGGUGCUGUCCACGCUAAAGCAGCGCGCCUCGCUACGUCCCUCGCUGCUCAUCACCGCCUAUCUCUCUCUCUCUGUGCUGCUCGACGCCGCGCGCGCCAGGACACUAUGGCUCUCUCCCUCAGUGUCCACGUCCACUCGUUCCCUACUCACUGCGUCUCUCACGCUGCGUGCCGUCAUUUUGCUGCUCGAGAGCACGGAGAAGCGCUCGUAUCUCCUCCCAGAGUACCGCAGCGUCUCGGCCGAAACUACCAGCGGUCCCAUCAACACGAGUCUGUUCUGGUGGCUGAAUCCUCUCUUCCUGCGCGGCUACAGAAGCCUGUUGCACUACGACCAUCUAGGCCGCCUCGAUGAGGAGCUCGAGUCGGAACGACUGGCCGUGCGCCUGCGCCACGCAUGGAGAAAUGUCAAGGACCAGAAAAAGCCGAAUGCUCUCUUUGGUGCAUGGCUGAGCGCCUUUCAAGGUCCGAUUCUGCUGCCGGCCUUUGCCCGCCUCUUCCAGAUCGGCUUCACCUUUGCGCAGCCUUUCCUCGUCACGGCCGCCAUCCGCCUCGCCGCGUUGCCUCAACAGGACCCUUACAACAAUCUGGGCUACGGAUUGAUUGGCGCCUACAUUCUGGUGUAUGGCGGCAUCGCGAUCUCUGUCAGCCAGUCCGAGUGGCGGGCCUGGCGCGCGGCUACCAUGAUGAGAGGCAGCGUCGUCCCGCUCAUCCACGACAAGGCUGUCGUGCUCGAUUCGUCGACAAAUACAGGUCUCAGCCACAUGGGCGCCCUGACGCUCAUCAGCACCGAUAUCGAGACCAUCGUCUCGGGCCUCACCCAACUGCACGAGACGUGGAGCAACGUGAUCGAGCUGGCCUUGUCCAUCUACCUGUUGGAGCGGCAGCUGGGCGUCUCUUGUGUCAUGAGCAUCGGCUUCUCGCUUGUCGUCAUGGUCGGCACCGGCUUCCUCGCGGUGCCCACGGGAACACGCCAGGCUCUGUGGAAUCAGGCCUCGCAGGAGCGUGUCGCGGCCACAUCCCAUACCCUGGGCAGCGUCAAGUGGAUCAAGAUCUCCGGCUUGACCAACAUUGCCUUCUCCGCGCUGCGCAAUCUCAGGGCCCAUGAGCUCCAGGUUUCGGAGCGCUUUCGAUGGCUGCUGGGCGGCUCUCUCGUGCUAUCCCUCUCGACCCCUAUCCUCGGCCCGCUGCUGACCUUUGCGACGGCCGCCGGCGUGUCCCUCCACUCGGACUCGGGGCUCAGCAUUGCCCAGAUCUUCACGGCCUUCUCCAUCAUGGUGUUGCUUAACAGCCCCCUCACCAAGCUCGUCAUUGCCCUCCCGCAGAUCGCCGGUGCUGUGACUUCCUUCCAGCGCAUACAGGACUUUUUAAACGCCCAGGAGUACCGCGACGCGCGCGCCGUCAUGCCCCUUGGUGAGGAGAAGGAUGGGGUUUUGGUGGCCGAGAAGGCCCCUGACAGUGGCCGUAUCAUGGCCACAAUGAGUGGCGCGUUCUUCUGGUCUGACAGCACCCCCGAGACGGGCCCCGAGACGGGGGAAGAGACUCAAGAGAAGGGAGACGCCAAGUCAGCCGGCGAAGCUCAAGCUGUCGCAAAGCAUGAGCAUACUCCACCAACCGUCGUCAUCUCGCCCUCCCUGCGCAUUGCGCGGAACACACUGACUGUCAUCAUGGGGCCCGUCGGCUGUGGUAAGUCCUCACUCCUGCGCGCCCUGCUCGGCGAGCUCUCCGUGCAAGGCAAUGUGAGCGUGGGAUGCGCGGGCCCCAUUGCCUUCUGCGAGCAGAGCCCCUGGCUGCCGAACGAGACGGUGCACCAGGUGAUCACCGGUCGUCUGCCCAGCGACGCGGGUGACAAGAACAACGCGGACGUCAGCUCCACGCUCUCCGAGGACGACGAUUGGUAUCGCACCGUGCUCCGCGCAUGCCGCCUCGAGAGGGACAUUGAGACCUGGCCUCGGGGCGAGGAGACCAGGGUUGGUUCCAAAGGCAUCACCAUGAGCGGUGGUCAGAAGCAAAGACUGUCCCUGGCCAGAGCCAUAUACGCACGACGCGAGCUCCUCCUCCUCGACGACUCGUUCAGUGGUAUUGACGCCAGCACAGAGGAUGCCCUGUUUAUGGGCCUCCUGGGCCCCAAUGGCCUUCUGCGCUCCUCUAACAUGACGACGAUCAUGACCUCGUCUUCUACUCGUGUCUUGGCCUUUGCCGACCGCCUCAUCACCAUGAACCAGGAGGGACAUGUGACCGACAUGAAGGACUUGAACACAGCCGAGGGCGACACAAUCGCCUCGGAGGUCCUCGAAAAGAUCGGACGCUGGGCCGAACGUGAAGCCCACGAGGGUGGACCGAGGACGGCUGCUGCUGCUGCCUUACGCGGCGACGGCCAGCCAGAGACAGACCUGAUGACCACCACGGAGGCCCAGGCCGACGCCGCACGCCAGGUGGGCGACGCCAGCGUCUACAAGUACUACGCAAAGGCGGCAGGAUACCGCACCCUCGUCGGCUUUGUGGUGGCCAUGUCCGUCUUUGCCUUUUGCGAUGCCUUUCCCAGUAUAUGGCUGAAAUGGUGGGCCGAGGCGAACGAGAAGGGCGCGGGCACCAACCUUGGGAAGUGGUUCGGCGUGUACACACUCCUGUGCGUCGGCGCUCUGGUUUCCUGUUUCAUAGGCAUGUGGCAGCUUUUCAUCUUGGCCAUCAACAAGACGGCCAGCCAAUUCCAUGAGAUCCUGCUCCGUGCCGUCUCUCACGCGCCGAUAGCCUUCCACGCAACAACCGACACCGGGACCACAAUCAACCGGUUCAGUCAGGACCUCCAGCUCAUCGACAUGGAGCUGCCGCCCGCCGCCAUGGGCGUGACAAUGUCGACCGCCUUUGGCUUUGCCCAGUUCAUUCUUGUCUGUGUCUCCUCGCGUUACCUGUCCAUCCUCGUCCCCUUUCUGAUCCUCGCCUUUUAUCUGCUGGGCCACUUCUACCUCCGCACGGCCCGACAGCUUCGUCAGAUGGCCAUCGACCUCAAGGCGCCUCUGUACACCCACUUUAUGCAGACGCUGACGGGGAUGGUCUCGAUCCGCGCGUUCGGCUGGCAGGGCCGCUCGGCGCGCCAGAACAUCCUCAUCCUUGACAAGUCCCAGCGGCCCAACUACCUCCUCUACUGCGCCCAGCGAUGGCUGACACUGGCCGUCAACAUCAUCAUCAUGCUCGUCGCUAUCGCCCUCAUCGUGGUGGUUACGAAUCUGCGCGAGGCCAUUGGGCCCGGCUACGUCGGUGUCGCCCUGAGCAACAUCCUCGCGUUCAGCUUCACCGUGCAGGCCAUCAUCACGAGCUGGGUGCAGCUCGAGGUGUCGCUUGGCGCUGUGGCGAGGAUCAAAACAUUCGCGAAGGCGCUCCCCAGCGAGGAUGACCUGGCAGGAUUGACGGAAUCCGCCAGCGACGCAGCUGAGAGUUCGUGGCCCCCCAAGGGUCAAGUGUCCAUCCGCAAUCUGACAGCGUCCUACUCACCCUCCGCCAAGGUCCUCGACAAUGUGUCGCUCGAGGUGGAAGCCGGUCAAAAGGUCUGCAUAUGCGGCCGAACGGGGAGUGGGAAAUCCUCUCUCUUUCUGUCCCUGUUGGGUCUCGUAGAGCAAGACUCUGGAUCUAUCCUUGUCGAUGGCGUGGAUCUCGCGGCUCUGCCUCGCGAGUACCUCCGGUCCAGGAUCGUUGCGAUCCCCCAGGAGGCGUACAUUUUGCCAGGCUCUGUCCGCUUCAACAUUGACGCCCACCACCAGUACGAGAGCGCAGCCGCCGAGGACCGAGAUGCCCAGAGAGAUCACCUCAUUUUCGAGGUGCUCGACAAGGUUGGGAUGCGGCACAUGGUCGAGGCCCGCGAGGGCGGUCUCGAUGCGCCCAUGGACGAGAACACGUUCUCCCAGGGCCAGAUGCAGCUGCUUAUGCUGGCGCGCGCGAUGAUGAGGCAGACGGGCGGUCGGCUCCUCCUCAUCGACGAAGCUACGAGCAGUCUUGAUCACGCCGCGUCGGCCAAGAUUGAUGAGGUUAUCAAGACGAGCUUCGCGGACUGGACCGUCCUCGCCAUUGUCCACAAGCUCGAGGUCACGUUGGACUACGACAAGGUGGUGGUGCUGGAUGCGGGCCAGGUCCUGGAAUACGAUGAGCCCAGGGCACUGCUGGCACGGCCGUCCGUCUUCAAGAAGCUAUACGAGUCUUCAACGGAGGGUUGA